AUGGGUUUGCAUAUCAUAUGCGCAAAGCGCUUGCGUGUUUCUUCCUUCUUUCCAAUUUCCCCCGCCCUCUUCCUUUUUCGCCGUCUGUUCUUCCAAGGACUCCCUGCUUCCUCCCCGUCUCGCAAAGUGGGCUCGCUGCUACAUGUAUGUCUGCCCGUGCACUGGUUUUAUUCGCACGAGUGCACGUAA